AUGGACAGGGCAUUUAUGUCCGUGAGCUCAGGAACAGGCAAAGGGCUCACUGUCGACAUCUACAAUGGAGACAUUGUUGGCAUGACUGAUAAGGCCAAGAGCCUAGAAAAAUUAAACCAACCGGAAGAGCCGAACCUCGUGGUAACCCGCAGCCCUAUUUCCGAACUCAACUCAAGGAAGCGACAGCUAGUUCCUGAGCCGUCUUCACCCCCUAGGCCUGGUGCUGUCUGCUGGAAUACACCACAGGAACCUAUCCAGAAGGAGAACGGACAAGUCGCGUUGGCAUUACCAGGCCAGCCACGGCACUCGGGGGCAUCUGCUCACUUACCCAACAACUGGACCGCCUUCUCACCUGGCCGUCCCGAGCCACUAUUUCAUCAAGGGACUUCCAAGGAGCCUUGUCUUCCACCUAUUGCUCCUCCUAUUCCGAUUCUCAAACCAUCGAUGGGCAUACUACACCCGACUCCCAUCAAUCCGGUGUAA